CUUUGAAUGAGUACGUUCAAAACUUCCAUAGUCAUUACAAUGCUUUCGAUCAAGCACGUUGCUAUUCUUUUAGCCAUUAUUGCCUGCACGCUGGCACUCAAGUGCUACACAGGAAAUGCAUCGGGUAAAGAUCACCCAACAACAACACAAGACUGCCCAUCAGGAGCGAAAUAUUGUGUAGCAGCCACUGUUCAAGGUUCCGCAGAUAUGCAUUCGCACGGCUGUGACACUGGGGUUUUAUGCAAGAAGGAAGGCUGCGAAACAGCUAACCUCAUCACGUCGUGCUGCUGUACUACUGAUCUUUGCAAUGUAGGCAUAACAUCCUCUGGAUCAAAACUAAUCCCAGCACUUUUCUCCUUGCUACUAGUUACAAUAGUGAAAUUUAUUGUCUAUUAAACAUAUUCCAGCACAGAAUCAAGUUCUAUACACUGCUGUUUCUUAGUUU